CAUGGAACUUCACCCUAUCUUGGAGCUCCCCCUGACGGACCCCCCUGCCCCGAGGAUGUGGUACGUGCUGUCCCCAGGGGGUGGGGGGCCCAGCCUGACGGUGGGGCACACCUGUAUGUACCUCCCCAGAGCAGGGGGCAGUGGCAGGGUGGUGUUGGUGGGGGGUGCCAACCCUAGCGGGCCGUUUGCUGACACCUUCGUGCUGGACUUGGACACGUACACCUGGGAGAAGCCUGACUGGGCGGGGCUGACGGCCAGGUAUGAACACACCUGUUUCACACCUGAGAGCCAGCCGCACAAGGUGUUUGUGUUCGGAGGGGCGGAGCAGGGCUGCAACCUUAACAAUGUCCAGGUGCUUGAUACAGGUACUGGCACCUGGACCACAGCUGAUGUACAGGGAACCCCGCCCUCCCCGCGCACCUGUCACUAUACAGCCCACCGGGGAGACAGGCUGUACGUGUGGGGAGGGGGUAAGACUGGGGCUGAGCCUGUGGAAGAUAGGAAAUUGCAUGUCUUUGAUGCAGCGACCCUGACCUGGAGCCAGCCACAGCUUGAAGGGAAGCCGCCCAAAUCUCGCCAUGGUCAUGUGAUGGUUGCCACGGGCAACAAGCUGUACGUACACGGGGGCAUGUCAGGGGUCACCUUCUACGAUGACUUGUACGUGCUCAAUCUAGACACAAAGAAGUGGAAGCGGCUGAAGCCUAAAGGCCCUGUGCCCUCAGCUCGUGCGGCACAUACAGCCGUGGUGCACGGGUCACAGGUUUACCUGUUUGGUGGGAUGAACCAGGAGGGAGCUCUGGACAGCAUGCAUGUUCUCAACACUGAAAAUCUGACGUGGCGUGAGCUGAAACCAGAGGGUCCACCUCCGGGACCCAGACUGGACCACGCAGCGUGCAUCAUUCAGCUAUCUGUAGCCUCGGGGUCCCAGGAGCAUGCUGGGAUUGGUGUGGUGCAUGAUGGGAAGGUGACGAUGCUGCUGGUGUAUGGAGGAAUGGACACACAGGGAAUCAUACACGACGACUGUCUCGUCAUGAGAAUCGCAUGAUCAAGGUUUCGGUUCUCCUAAAACAGAUGAUUCAAAUUCUGGCAUUACAUCCCCAAACAUUGACAAUCAUGACAUACAUGUACUUGUGAAAGUAAGAAUUAAACAUAAAAAUUACAAAAUUUG